AUGGGUCGAGAAAAGUUGCGCACAAAAGGUGUUUACGCAUUGCUCCGGGAAUUUGAUAAGGCUUCAUCAGUUUCAUCACCGGUAUCACCGUCAUCACAACCGAAAGAACAGCAAAAUUCGGUGCUAGCACAAGCUGAUGCAGCGAUAAGCGGCCAGCAUUCCACACCGUCCAGGCCGGAGCAACGUCUGAGUAACAGUGCUCCUGUGAAAUGUGUUAGUGAAAAUGGUGGUUUUGUUUAUAUCGAUAGCCAGAAUUGUUCCACUUUACAUGCCCUAAUUGGAUUACUGAUACAGGACGGGGAUUGA